AUGAAGACUUUCAUCUUCCUUGCUCUCCUGGGAGCUGCUGCUGCUUUCCCCACUAGUGAUGAUGAUGACAAGAUCGUUGGGGGCUACAUCUGUCAGAGGAAUUCUGUCCCCUAUCAGGUCCUGAAUGCUGGCUAUCACUUCUGUGGCGGCUCCCUCAUCAAUAACAAAUGGGUGGUGUCCGUGGCUCACUGCUACAAGUCUAGAAUCCAAGUGCGUCUGGGAGAAUACAACAUUAAGGCCUAUGAAGGCAAGCAAUUCAUAAAUGCAGCCAAGAUUAUUUGCCACCCCAGGUAUAACUCAGCCACCAUUGAUAAUGACAUCAUGCUGGUUAAGCUGAGCUCAGCCGCCACCAUCAACUCUCAAGUGGCCACCACCUCUCUGCCAAGAUCCUGUACAGCGGCUGGUACUCAGUGCCUCAUCUCUGGCUGGGGCAACACCCUGAGCAGUGGCACCAACUACCCUGAUCUCCUGCAGUGUCUGAAGGCUCCCAUUCUCUCUAACACUGCUUGCUGCACAGCCUACCCAGGCAAGAUUACUACAAACAUGAUAUGUCUGGGAUUCCUGGAGGGUGGAAAGGACUCUUGCCAGGGUGACUCUGGUGGCCCUGUUGUCUGCAAAGGAGAACUCCAGGUAAUUGUCUCCUGGGCCUAUGGUUGUGCUCAGAAGAACAAACCUGGAGUCUACACUAAAGUUUGCAACUACGUGAAAUGGAUUCAGCAGACCAUUGCUGCCAACUGA